GUCCGGUGUGGUGCCUGUGUCCUGUACGUUCGUGCGUUACGGCCCAACGGUGUACGUGCGGGAACGACGUUUCGUGAAUGUGUAUUGAAACGUGUAGUUGCCGUGUGUGUGUGCAGAGGAAGCUGUGUAGAGGAAGGCUCUCGUCUCGUAGCGUGAUUCAGCGGUUUUUCUUGUAAGGAUGUACGUUACUGUGAUCAUCGCGUGUGUGUUCAUGUUUACAGCAGUUGGGCGAUAGAAGGGGAAAGUAGUGAGGUAUCUUUUACAUGAAUGUAUUUUUGUGUUUGUGUGUGUAGUGUGUCACUGUAGAGUGUGUUCUGUGCAAACGCUUGUUUGCAAACGUGUCUUUCUCCAUCCCGAGCAAAAGGCAACCAUUCGCCCGAAAAUGUCUCGCGUAACGCGUAUCGUAUCAGUGUGAUAGUGAAAGAGUGUUCUGAAGGCGCAGUUUUGUCGAGGGGGGAGGUUUGUCGGCGUAAUAAAAGUGCGGCCGUUAUUUGUGCAAAAUUUGGCCCAACAUCCUCCAACCUUUGCCCGCACAAAAAAAAAAAGCCGGCUCCUCCGGUAAAAGGCAAAGAGUGAAGCAAGCGGUGGGCAACAAAAGAAAGAAAGGUGUGGUGUGUUUAAAGUUUUGUCACUUUUUGCGUGUUUUAUCGCGUAUCGUGUUUCAGCGUUUUACGGCGUGAAAAGUGUACAACCAAAAGCAAAAGAGAGAGUGUGUGUGUGUAUAUAUGCUGAUCCUACCCCGGCGGUUGGAUUAUGCACCGUGGGAUAAUGAAGAAACAAAUUUAACGGUUCCACUAACAGGCUGGCGAACCGACCGACACCAUCGACCGCAGCCCGGGACGCGAUGCUGGGCAAGCUGAAAAUGGCGGACAAGCAGAAGUACUCGGCACAGGAGACGAUACAGGCAAAGCUGCUUUUCUUCCCCGAGGGUACGCGCGGCAACGGUGACAAGCUGCUGCCGUUCAAGAAGGGAUGCUUCCACGUCGCCGUCGAAUCGCAAGCCUUCAUUCAACCGGUGGUCAUUUCGAAGUACCAUUUUUUGAAAUCCAAAGCGAAGAUCUUCAACCGAGGGCAAAAUAUCAUCAAAAUUCUACCGGAAGUGUCCUGCGCGGGCCUUUCCAAGGACGACAUUCCAGCGCUGAUGGAGCGGGUACAGAAGAUGAUGCAGCGGGAGUACGAACAGCUGUCGGAGGAGUCCCUUUCGAUCAACAAUAUUAGUGAGGUGCAUUAGGCUCAGCGAUUGGCGAUGGGCCUCCUCAGGCUCUGUACACGUGCAAUACAAAACAAUUGACCUUGGCAAGGAAAGUUUUAGGGUUUUAGGAAAUGAAAUCAACAGCAGAAAAGACAGAGAGGGAUGCUGCCACCAAGUGCUUUUUUCCAGGUAUGGGAAGAAGUAGUCAGGAUCACCAAUAUCAUCAUCAUCGCCUUAUCGCUAACGGAUAGACAGUAUAAAACAAACCUCCUCAUUGAACAGAGAGCUUAGUAGUGGCGAUUAGCGUUCGGUUUUUGUAUUUACCGGGAUGUGUGAAUUUAAGUUGUGUCUCUUCCAAAGUCCAUCAUUUU